AUGCUCACCGGCGCCGCCUUUCGUGUGCUCGACCGGGCAAACAUGGACUUCCUAGAUGCUGCCUGCUCGGGUCACAAGAAGCUGUUGCUGCUUCGUUUUCAAGCGGAUGUGAAUCAGUGGAACCACAUAGAUUUGAUGCCGCUCAUGCAAGCAUGUCGCUGCGCACAUGCUCGGAUAGCGAGUGUGCUGCUGGCCGCGAAAGCGAACGUCAAUUCUUGGAGCAGUGCGGGCGUCACUCCUCUGAUGUUCGCUGUGGGCGAAGACAGUGAGGACGGCCUGGCUCGGCUGGACACCGUGAAUGCCUUGCUUCUCGCUGGCGCCUACUUGGACUGCUAUGAUGAUCUUGGACAGACCCCGCUUAUGCACGCUUCAAAAAGGCGCGACCUUGAAACGGCGCGGCUGCUGCUGUGCUCUCGUGCAAGUGUGAACGUGCGAGAUUAUUGUGGCGAUUCCGCACUGACGAAGGCGCAGUACUUUGGCAACAGGGAAGACACGGAGUUGCAGCUCUUACAGUUGACCAUGUCCGAGCUGUCGCAUUUGGGCUGCACGCGCCUUCAAGCGGCAGAAGACCUUCUGGACGCGGCGGUGAUGAACCGGGUCGAGGCCACGCGCCAGCUGCUGCGAGCUCGAGCCCCCUUGCACUGGAUUCACGAGAGAUACUGCUGUCGGACGGCGCUGAUGCUGGCUUGUUACCACGGCGCGACCGAGACUGCGGGCCUGCUUCUUGAUGCGCGUGCGUGGAUAGAUCAAUGGGCCGAUGCCAGAGUGGACCUUUGGACAGAUGCUGGGAUGACCGCGCUGAUGCACGCGUCCGGUCUGGGUCGCCUGGAAAUUGUGGGCGAUCUCCUUCGGGCGCGAGCGGAUGUCAACUGCUGGAACACACGAGGGUUCACUGCUCUAAUGAUCGCUUCCUCCAGGGGACAUGUGGACAUCGCACGUCGAUUGCUGGUCGCCACUGCCGACGUGCACGCGGUCGACUGCGACGGCCGGAGCUCGUUGAUGUUGGUAUGCGGAAGAGGUCGCCAGGAGACGUCUUGCUUGCGGCCGAUGGCAGGGGAACACUUCGAAAUGCAGCGGCUCCCUGAAAUCUCUGUCACGAGGCCUCUUUGCGACACGGGUCAUUUGGACGUGUUCCACGCGCUGCUCGAAGGUAGGGCGGAUGCGGAUCGACGAGAUGGUCGGCAUGGUUACACUGCUUUGAUGUACGCCACAAUGUACGGGGACUGGGAGCUCGUGCAGCAAUUGCUUGGAGCCCAUGCUGCGGUGGACAUGCGUUGUUACACUGGUGAGACGGCACUGAUGCAGGCGUGCGCCAAUGGAAACAGGCUGAUCGUGCGAUGUCUUUUGGAAGCAGCCGCUGACGCGAACCGUCGCGAUUGCGACGGCUUCCAAGCAUCGUAUGUUGCUCGCGUCUUUGGUCACGUAGGCCUCGAUGACAUCCUGCGAGGGCAUCGUUAG